AUGCUUUUUCAACUCGACGCUGAAGCCUUCCGUAAGGUUCAUCCAUUGGAAUUUUACAAGAAAUUUCUACCAGAAGGAAUUCGUCCCGAUGGGCGAUCGCUCAAUAUGAUCCGAGAAAGCCUCAUUUCAAGUGGUUCAUUACGAAACUGUGAAGGCUCUUCUCUCGUAAAAACUGGAAAUACUAGUGUCGUAUGUGGUAUAAAAGCUGAAGUCAUGAUUCCGACUGAAGAAGCUCCUCGAGAUGGACGAGUGGUGAUAUCGUUUGAUUUUCCAUCCAUUUGUGCAUCAGAUGUCACAGGAAAUUGGGAAGAAGUGAAUGAAAGAAAAUGUACCAUUCAACAGAGAUUAGCUUCUGUUUUAUAUAAUUGUGAAGUUUUGGAUUUAAGUCAGUUGUGUAUUGAGGAAGGAAAGGCUUCAUGGGUUUUAUAUGCGGAUUUAUAUUGUUUGGAAAAUGAUGGAAAUGUUUUUGAUGCGGCAUUGAUUGCAUUAUUGACUGCAUUGAGAAAUGUAUCACUUCCAAAGGUUGAAAUAUCCAAAGAUGAAGAAGCAAUUGUAACAGAUGAAAAGGCAAAUCUCAAACUGAAACUUAAUCAUUACCCAAUACCGUUAUCUUUUGGACUACUUUCUGACUACAUUUUAGUGGACCCUACAAGCGAAGAAGAGUCACUUCUUUCUUGGAAGCUCACGGCCGUAUAUAAUGAACGCAAAGAAUUAUGCAUGCUGUUCAAACCUGGUGGUAUCCCGAUCAGUCAAUCCUCUUUAAAGUACUGCAUGGAGUUGGCCAAGAAGCGAACGGACAGAAUCAUUACCAUGAUCAACAAUAGCCUUUCAAACUAA